CGCCGCCAUUUUGGGUGACGAAAAGCGCGGGUCCUCGCCCCCCUCCGCCCCUUCUUGCCUCCGCUGAGGUGUCUUCAUAAAAUGCCCGUGCAGAACCCCCUCUUUUUUCGGCCCGCUCCCAAGAUGGCGUCGAUGCGGGAGAGCGACACCGGCCUGUGGCUGCACAACAAGCUGGGCUCCACGGACGAGCUGUGGGCGCCGCCCAGCAUCGCCUCGCUGCUCACGGCCUCGGUCAUCGACAACAUCCGCCUCUGCUUCCACGGCCUCUCGUCGCCCGUCAAGCUCAAGCUGCUGCUGGGGAUGCUGCACCUGCCCCGCCGCGCCGUGGACGAGAUGAAAGGUGCACUGACUGAAAUUAUCCAGCUCGCUACCUUGGAUUCAGACCCCUGGGUCUUAAUGGUAGCUGAUAUUUUAAAAUCCUUUCCAGAUACUGGCUCCCUUAACCUUGAUCUUGAAGAACAGAAUCCCAAUGUUCAAGAUAUUUUAGGAGAACUUAGAGAAAAAGUAAGCGAAUGUGAAACUUCAGCUAUGUUGCCGUUGGAAUGCCAGUACUUAAACAAAAAUGCCUUGACAACACUUGCUGGGCCACUUACUCCCCCAGUGAAACAUUUCCAGCUGAAAAGGAAACCAAAAAGUGCCACUCUCCGAGCAGAACUCUUACAGAAGUCAACCGAAACGGCACAACAGCUCAAGAAGACUGCAGGAGUGCCUUUCCACGCCAAAGGGAGGGGGCUGGUCAAAAAAAUAGAUACAACAACACCACUCAAAGGGAUACCAAAACAAGCUCCAUUCAGGAGUCCCACAACACCUAGUGUAUUUAGCCCCUCUGGAAGCAGAACCCCUAUUCCUCCUUCGAGAACACCUCUGCGCAAAGAAAGAGGAGUAAAGUUGCUAGAUAUCUCAGAGCUGGACAUGGUUGGUGCUGGCCGUGAAGCAAAGCGAAGAAGAAAGACUCUAGAUGCAGAAGUGGUGGAAAAGCAAGCCAAAGAGGAAACAGUAGUGGAAAAUGCUACUCCAGAUUAUGCAGCUGGCCUUGUAUCUACACAGAAACUUGGCUCUUUGAACAAUGAGCCAGCUCUGCCUUCUACAAGCUAUUUGCCUGCUACCCCCAGUGUGGUGCCAUCCUCUUCCUAUAUCCCAAGCUCAGAAACACAGCCAGCAGCUGGCUCUACUCGGGAGGUCUUGCAGACUAACAGGCAGCCAGAAGAGCCUACAACUCCAAGCACUACUACUCUUCCUGCUCAGUUCAAACAGAGAACCCCUAUGUACAAUAGUAACUCUAACCCACCUGCAACUACACCUACCUCACCCCUAACACCUACAACGCCUCCAGCUAUUUCCCCUGCUGCACAAGCACCACAAGUGACCCCCCAAACUCAGCAGCAGCCACCACCCAAGAAAAGUCUCUCACUCACGAGGGAGCAGAUGUAUGCUGCACAGGAAAUGUUCAAGACUGCAAAUAAAGUUACAAGGCCAGAAAAGGCGCUCAUACUUGGAUUCAUGGCAGGAUCCAGAGAGAAUCCUUGCCAAGAGCAAGGUGACAUCAUUCAAAUCAAACUCAGCGAGCACACAGAAGUGUUACCAAAGGCAGAUGGCACUGGUAGCACCACCAUGUUAGUCGAUACGGUCUUUGAGAUGAACUAUGCUACUGGCCAGUGGACCAGACUAAAGAAGUACAAACCUAUAACUAACGUCUCCUAAGGAAUUCAGCAACAACAAACUGCGGACCAAAUCGAGCUUAGGAUCAGCUCACCUAGUGUCAGCUGUAUAAAAUGGCAUUCGUGUGUAGGCUUCUUACCUUCCAGAACAGAAGUUGUGGCUCUUCAAACUAACUGGGCUCAGGUGAAUGCAGCGCGAAGAUGGUGUCAGACUGACAGAUUUUUUUUUAAUUUUUUUUUUUUAGUUAUUUUAAAGAGGUGGGGGAAGUUAACAUUUUAUUCUGACUCAAGAUGCUGGAAAGAGAUCACAGCUGAAUGCUUGUUUUUUCAGAUUGGGAGCAGUUUACUUCCAGGCACCUGGGGAAAGAACUACUGCAGAAUCUACUUGCAGUUUACCUUUACACAAGGGCACAGAUUUUACUGCAGAAAUAUUUACGUGGGUUCCAUUUAAAAAAUGGAUAGUUAAAACUGCAGUUGUCUUCAGUUAUUCCUAUAACUCAGUUACACAUUGUAGCAAACAGCCCAGACUGUGCGCAUGGGGGGAAAGAGCAGCCCAGCAAAUUCCAUCUUGCAGAGAGCAAAAGGAAACCCGAGGAAAAAGUUGUGAAAGCCCUUCCCAGCUUUGCUAUGGAGGAGCCAGUAAGCUCACAAAUCUGGGAGUAACCUGAAGAAUUGGCUUUAUCUGGGAAUUGUGAAGUACAGAAGAGUGAGACUCCCCACCCCAGUCCUUCCCAGCCCACACCUUCCAUCUCUUGCUUUUCCAUAAGGAAGAAAAACUUGCUGCCUUGCAGGUUACUUUCUAGUUGCUGGUCCCACCCACAUGAGAGCACCGAGUCUCUGGGCUCCAGGUAAGCCUCUUUCCUUGCAAGGAGGUGGGACCAGCAGUGGUGAGAGGAUGGAAUUGAGUGGAUGAGGCCUUGUCGGGCUCCCUGGUCAGGAGUGUUGUGGUUAUAGUCCCACCUCCCCCUUAGCCAAAAACAUUUUUUCCCUAUGAUCAUAGACUCUGAUAAUCCCCAUGCAGUCAUCCAAGACUGGCUUUGUUAGGGUGACUAGCAUGGUAGCAUAAGGCUAGUGCGCUAAGGGUUAACUUGAUUUUUAUUUGUAGCUUUACCAUUAAAUAAGAUGCUAGACAUGACUGGGGAAAAUCAGCUUUUGAGUAGUUACUACUAAAAAAUACCCCAUGAGAAAUUGCUAAUUUCUCCCACUGAAGCAUGUCCAAAUGCGUUAAACCACUGGCUGACCUAGCCGACAAACUUGAUACUUUGACAUUGUGUAGCUUGAGGUUGGAUUGCAUUUUCAUAGCAAGAUCGGACUGGAAAAAAAAAGACUGAAAAAAAUGUUAAGCCAGAGCCCACUGGGAAUCUGGUGCCUUUAACAAGAAAUGUCAUUUGUAAAAUGUUACAUCUAUAGCAUAGCCCAUAUGUUUUCUAUUAAUUGUUUUUGUACAGUUGUAAAUUCAAGAUCUUCUGUCUCCGGGUACGUAUUUUCAGUGUAA